GCCGGCUUGUCAGUGCGCUUGCGCGGGUUGUAGCUCAGUCACACCGUGUGUCCCGGGCACCGCCGGCGGAGUCUCCAUAGGACACGGUUUACGAGCUUGUGCUUGGCGCCUGAGGCAGGAGCGGCAACCAUGGCACAGAUUCUGCCUAUUCGUUUUCAGGAGCAUUUCCAGCUCCAGAAUCUGGGAAUCAAUCCAGCCAACAUUGGCUUUAGCACUCUAACUAUGGAAUCUGAUAAGUUUAUCUGUAUCCGUGAGAAGGUCGGGGAGCAAGCCCAGGUGGUUAUCAUUGAUCUGGCAGACCCCAACACACCACUAAGACGUCCAAUCUCUGCUGAAAGUGCCAUUAUGAAUCCUGCUUCUAAAGUCAUUGCUCUAAAAGACGCUGGAAAAACCCUUCAGAUCUUUAACAUUGAGAUGAAAAGCAAGGUGAAGGCUCAUACCAUGUCAGAGGAGGUCAUUUUUUGGAAAUGGAUAUCGGUCAAUACUGUAGCUUUGGUGACUGAGACAGCCGUGUACCACUGGAGCAUGGAAGGAGAUUCCCAGCCUCAGAAAAUGUUUGAUCGCCAUGCAAGCCUUGCUGGCUGCCAGAUCAUCAAUUAUAGAACAGAUGACCAACAGAAGUGGCUUCUGCUUAUUGGUAUCUCUGCUCAGCAAAACAGAGUAGUUGGCGCCAUGCAGCUGUAUUCUGUGGACAGGAAAGUGUCUCAGCCGAUUGAGGGACAUGCUGCAGCUUUUGCGGAAUUCAAGAUUGAAAGAAAUUCUAAACCUUCAACUCUGUUCUGUUUUGCUGUGCGGGGACAAGCAGGGGGCAAGCUACACAUCAUAGAAGUUGGACAGCCUGCUAAUGGAAAUCAGCCAUUCACCAAAAAAGCUGUAGAUGUCUUCUUUCCUCCAGAAGCUCAGACAGACUUUCCUGUAGCUAUGCAGAUUGGCACCAAACAUGGAGUGAUCUACUUAAUUACAAAAUAUGGCUAUAUCCACAUGUAUGACCUGGAGUCUGGGGCCUGCAUUUAUAUGAACAGAAUCAGCGCAGAUACAAUUUUUGUGACUGCGCCUCAUGAACCUACCUCUGGAAUUAUUGGCGUGAAUAAAAAAGGGCAGGUGCUUUCAGUUUGUGUAGAAGAAGAGAACAUAGUGAAUUAUGCUACAAACGUGUUGCAGAAUGCCGAUUUGGGACUACGAAUGGCUAUUCGAAGCAACUUAACUGGAGCUGAAGAGCUAUUUGCCAGAAAGUUUAACACCUUGUUUACUCAGGGGAAUUACUCUGAAGCUGCCAAAGUAGCUGCAUCUGCUCCAAAGGGAAUUCUUCGCACAGCGGACACCAUCAGGAAGUUUCAGACUGUACCAGCUCAGCCUGGACAAGCAUCACCUCUGCUUCAGUACUUUGGGAUUUUACUAGAUCAGGGUCAGUUAAACAAGCAAGAGUCACUUGAGCUUUGCAGGCCGGUCCUGCAACAAGGACGCAAGCAACUUUUGGAGAAAUGGUUAAAAGAAGAUAAGCUUGAGUGUUCUGAGGAGCUUGGAGACUUGGUAAAGGCAGUGGAUCCAACUCUUGCACUUAGUGUUUACCUGCGUGCUAGUGUGCCAAACAAAGUGAUUCAAUGCUUUGCAGAGACUGGCCAAUUCCAGAAAAUAGUUCUUUAUGCCAAAAAAGUGGGAUACACUCCAGAUUGGAUCUUCUUGCUUCGUAGUGUCAUGAGGAUCAGCCCUGAUCAGGGACUACAAUUUGCCCAGAUGCUUGUACAAGAUGAGGAACCUCUUGCUAACAUUAACCAGAUCGUUGAUGUGUUUAUGGAGAACAGUCUCGUUCAGCAGUGUACUUCAUUUUUGCUAGAUGCACUGAAGAACAAUAGGCCAGCUGAAGGUCACCUACAGACUCGCCUUUUGGAGAUGAACUUGAUCCAUGCUCCACAGGUUGCAGAUGCGAUCCUUGGAAAUCAAAUGUUCACUCAUUAUGAUAGGGCACAUAUUGCCCAGCUGUGUGAGAAGGCUGGAUUGCUGCAGAGAGCUUUGGAGCAUUACACUGACCCGUAUGAUGUCAAGCGUGCUGUGGUACACACACAUCUUCUUAACCCAGAGUGGUUGGUGAACUUCUUUGGCUCGUUGUCAGUGGAGGACUCAGUAGAGUGUUUGCGGGCUAUGCUGUCAGCCAACAUCCGGCAGAACCUUCAGCUCUGUGUCCAGGUGGCAUCAAAGUACCAUGAACAGUUGGGCACCCAGACUUUGGUUGAACUCUUUGAAUCAUUCAAGAGUUAUGAAGGGCUUUUCUACUUUCUGGGAUCUAUUGUCAAUUUCAGCCAAGAUCCUGAUGUGCACUUCAAGUACAUCCAGGCAGCCUGUAAGACUGGACAAAUCAAGGAGGUUGAGCGGAUAUGUAGAGAAAGCAAUUGUUACAACCCUGAACGUGUCAAAAACUUUUUGAAGGAGGCCAAACUUACAGACCAACUUCCAUUAAUUAUUGUCUGUGACCGAUUUGACUUUGUCCAUGAUUUAGUGUUGUACCUGUAUCGCAAUAACCUCCAGAAGUACAUUGAAAUCUAUGUGCAAAAGGUGAACCCCAGCCGUAUUCCAGCAGUAGUGGGAGGAUUGCUGGAUGUGGACUGUUCAGAAGAUGUCAUUAAGAACCUCAUCAUGGUGGUUCAUGGCCAGUUUUCAACAGAUGAGCUUGUAGCAGAAGUGGAGAAAAGAAACAGGCUAAAACUACUCUUACCAUGGCUGGAAUCCAGAAUCCAUGAGGGCUGUGAGGAGCCAGCGACACACAAUGCUCUGGCCAAGAUCUACAUUGACAGCAACAACAAUCCUGAACGCUUCCUGAGGGAGAACCCUUUCUAUGACAGCUGUGUAGUGGGCAAAUACUGUGAAAAAAGGGACCCGCACCUAGCUUGUGUAGCUUAUGAGAGGGGCCAGUGUGACUUGGAGCUUAUAAAGGUGUGCAAUGAAAACUCUUUGUUUAAGAGUGAAGCUCGUUACCUUGUGCGACGGAAAGAUGCCGACCAGUGGGCCAGUGUUCUUGAAGAAAAUAAUCCAUUCAGGCGACAGCUGAUUGAUCAGGUGGUGCAGACUGCUCUGUCAGAGACGCAGGAUCCUGAAGAAGUGUCGGUGACUGUGAAAGCAUUUAUGACGGCUGAUCUCCCUAAUGAACUCAUUGAGCUUCUUGAGAAGAUAGUUUUGGACAACUCCGUGUUCAGUGAGCACAGGAACCUGCAGAAUCUGUUGAUACUAACCGCCAUCAAGGCUGACCGAACACGUGUAAUGGAGUAUAUCAACCGCUUGGAUAACUACGAUGCACCAGACAUUGCUAACAUUGCCAUCAGCAACCAGCUGUUUGAGGAGGCCUUUGCUAUCUUUAGGAAGUUUGAUGUUAACACAUCUGCCAUACAGGUAUUGAUUGAGCAUAUCGGGAAUCUGGACCGUGCAUAUGAAUUUGCAGAAAGGUGCAAUGAGCCAGCAGUUUGGAGUCAACUGGGUAGAGCACAGCUGCAGAAAGACUUGGUCAAGGAAGCUAUUGACUCCUACAUUAAAGCUGAUGACCCCUCUGCUUAUAUGGAAGUGGUGCAGGCAGCAAGUAAGAAUGGUAACUGGGAGGACUUGGUAAAAUUCUUACAGAUGGCAAGAAAGAAAGCCAGGGAAUCGUAUGUAGAGACGGAGCUGAUAUUUGCUUUGGCAAAAACAAAUCGCCUCUCAGAGCUGGAGGAAUUUGUCAGCAGUCCCAAUAACGCCCAUAUUCAACAGGUGGGGGAUCGUUGUUAUGAAGAAGGCAUGUAUGAUGCUGCUAAACUACUUUACAAUAAUGUGUCAAAUUUUGCCCGGUUGGCAUCCACGCUGGUACACCUUGGUGAGUACCAGGCUGCUGUGGACAGUGCACGGAAGGCCAACAGUACCCGCACCUGGAAAGAGGUCUGUUUUGCAUGUGUGGAUGGUACAGAAUUCCGUUUAGCACAGAUGUGUGGCCUGCACAUUGUGAUCCAUGCUGAUGAACUAGAGGAGCUGAUCGGUUAUUAUCAAGACCGUGGCUAUUUUGAGGAGCUAAUUGCACUUCUAGAAGCAGCCCUGGGUUUGGAACGUGCACACAUGGGUAUGUUCACAGAGCUGGCCAUUCUGUACUCCAAGUUCAAGCCUCAGAAAAUGCGGGAGCAUUUGGAGCUAUUCUGGUCUCGAGUCAACAUCCCUAAGGUUUUACGUGCUGCAGAACAGGCCCACUUAUGGGGUGAACUCGUUUUCCUGUAUGAUAAAUAUGAAGAAUAUGAUAAUGCAAUUCUCACAAUGAUGAGUCAUCCCACCACUGCCUGGAAAGAAGUACAGUUUAAGGAUAUUGUAACCAAGGUUGCCAAUGUAGAGCUGUAUUACAAAGCUGUGCAGUUCUAUCUGGAGUACAAGCCUUUGCUCAUUAAUGACCUUCUGUUGGUCUUAUCCCCACGUUUGGACCACACACGAACUGUCAACUAUUUUUCUAAGAUGGACCAGUUACCUCUUGUUAAGCCGUAUUUGCGCUCCGUUCAAAAUCACAACAAUAAAUCUGUGAAUGAAGCCCUCAACAACCUGCUUACAGAGGAGGAGGAUUAUCAGGGAUUAAGAGCAUCUAUUGAUGCUUAUGAUAACUUUGAUAACAUCAGCUUGGCACAGCGUCUGGAGAAACACGAGCUAAUUGAGUUUCGUCGAAUCGCAGCCUAUCUAUACAAGGGUAAUAACCGCUGGAAGCAGAGUGUGGAGCUAUGCAAAAAGGACCGCUUAUACAAGGAUGCCAUGUUGUAUGCUGCAGAGUCAAAAGACAUUGAGCUAGCAGAGAAGCUGCUACAAUGGUUUCUGGAGGAGGAAAAACGUGAAUGCUUUGCAGCCACUCUCUUCACUUGCUAUGAUCUUCUGCAUCCAGACAUUGUAUUAGAGCUGGCCUGGAGGCACAACAUUAUGGACUUUGCCAUGCCUUACUUUAUUCAGGUCAUGCGAGAGUACUUGUCCAAGGUUGACAAGUUGCAUGCUGCAGAGAGUUUAAGAAAGGAGGAGGAACAGGUGACAGAACCAACCCCUAUAGUAUUUGGCCAGCAGCUGAUGCUCACAGCAGGUCCUGCUGGUGUAGUGCCACCUCAACCAGCCUUCCCUUAUGGAUAUACAGCUCCACCAACGUUCACUCAGCCACCCCCUUCGGUCUCUCCUGGCUAUGGUUAUAACAUGUAACCUCCUGCAGUCUCCUGACCCUAUCACUACAUACACCUGGAGGGCUACUGUAGCCUUUUCUUCCAGGAGCUGACUGUAGUUCAUCUUGGACACCUUUUAUUUAUUACAUUUGCUCUUACUGACUUGGAAAUACAGCUUUUCAGCCAUUCACUACCACAAUUUAUUAAAAAAAAAAAAAAUUCUUUGGAUGAGAAUGGCCUAGAUCCAUAUUUUCAUGACUAUUAUACAUGCUAACCAAGCAGUCAUUCUGUACUGUAUACUGCUGUACACAAAACAUGGCAGCUGAAUAUCCAUGUGCGAACACUUCCUGCCUCAUUAGUCCACCUUAAGUGGUUGCCAUUGACAGGCAUGCCAUAUAUUUUCUUCUGUCUGCUGAAAUAGCAGCAGGUGUCACAUCUGAGAUAUCUUUUCUUCACUAACACACAAGAUGGCAUACAGCACCCUAUUUGCCACCUCUGUGCCGUGUUAUUGGGGGGUUGAACUCGGCACUGGUACGCAGCCGAAUUGGUUUUUAACAUAGAAUGAAACACUGUUUAGUGAACGUACUCCAAUAUGUUUAAAGCUUGUACAGUUAGCCAUUUUCUUAGACUGGCAUUGCUUGUGUUGCCUGUUACAAUACUCGUAAUAUUAAAUACAGUAAACCUACAAACAUA